GUAGUCAACAUGCAAAGAAAAAUAACCUAUCUUAUUAGGUCUUUAAGGAAUGAAAAGGAACAAAUAUUAAAUUUAAAAGGAGUAUAUGAAUUUGUAAAAAGAAAAAGAAAUGGACUGAUUCAAAUACGAGAUCAAAACUAUAUACAAAAUAAACUUCAUACAUCAAAUAGUGAAAUUUUCAUACUAGUUUAUUUUUGCACGAGAUUAAGUAUUUACCGUAUUUAAACACAUCUAUCUAUACAACUUUUGAAAUCAAAGAUAUCUUGGCCUAAUGGUUAAGAUUGAGGUGCUAUGAACGAUAGAUUACAGGUUCGAAAUCCCCUCUCCUCUCCUUUGUACUAUGUACUGCCUUCGUUUGACGUGGAUUAGGGAGAGAGGCAAAGACUAAAGAGCCCCCAAGAAAAUAAGGAUGUACACAAAAUAGGAUCAAUAGUCAAUACCAUCCUUAACUCCUCAUUGACAUUACGAACUAAUGAUUACGUUCUACAAUUCAUUGCACGUGUACAAAUAUAAAGAAGUGAGUAAGUGAGUGUGUAUUUCAGAAAAUAGUUAGAUUCACUUUCAUUUUAUAUGCCGAUUCCUAUAAAAACCUACACAAACGCAGUCGUGCUCUUGAUUAAAACAACUGCUUGUUGAUUCCUUCACAUUCAUGUAAUCAUUCCUCGUAUCUCUCGUUCUUCUUCAAAUUCAUCUCUUUUCUGGGUUCUCAAUUUCUGUUGAAAACUAUUAUAGAGUUCAUUGAGGAGCAAUGUUGGUUUGUUCAUCAAGCUUCAAGCUAUCAUAUUUCAAUGGACAUGCUUUAAUAGUGACCAACUUGAGCAAGCAAUGGAAUUGUGGUUUUGUGCCUGAAUGUAGGCCUAUAAGUUAUUCUCAACCCAAAGUUGCUUUGAGAGUCGAAAAUUUGGCCCCAUCGAAGCGAUCUAAUGAUGAUAUCCUUGUGCAAAGCUAUAAUGGCAAAUCUAGCAAUAUAGUGUCCAUCCCAGAGGACAAUGGAAUUUUAGAGGAUUCUGGUGAUGGUAAUGGGAAUUUUCCACCAGAAAAUGGUGAUGAUGGCAGAGGUGGUGGUGGUGGCGAUGGCGAAGGGGAUGAUGAGGAUGAAAAGGAAUUUGGUCCACUUUUGAAAUUUGAGGAGGUGAUGAGAGAAACUGAAGGGGUAACUCUUCCUUCGGAUAUACUGGAAGCUGCCAAAACCACAGGGAUAAGGGAACUGAUAUUGAUGCGAUAUUUGGAGUUGCAGGGUUCAGCUUGGCCACUAGGCUUUCUGAUGAGACAUAUUUCAAUGCUCCGCAACAGGAUGCUAGCUGAUCCUGCAUUCUUAUUCAAAGUUGGUACUGAGAUAGUUAUUGAUUCUUGCUGUGCUACGUUUGCUGAAGUUCAAAAAAGAGGGAAGGAUUUUUGGAAUGAGUUUGAAUUAUAUGCUGCAGAUCUUCUGGUUGGUGUGGCUGUUGACAUAGCCUUGGUUGGUAUGUUAGCUCCAUAUGCUCGUAUUGGGCGACAAACUGUAUCGAGUGGUCUUCUAGGACGUUUCCAGCAUGCUUGUCGUAAUCUUCCUAGUAGUGUGUUUGAAGCUGAAAGGCCAGGAUGUAGGUUUUCUGUAAAGCAAAGAAUUGCAACGUACUUCUAUAAGGGUGUAUUGUACGGGGCUGUUGGAUUUGGAUGUGGAAUUAUUGGCCAAGGAAUUGCAAAUAUGAUCAUGACCGCUAAACGGAGCAUAAAGAAGUCAGAUGAGGAUGUACCAGUUCCCCCACUUGUACAAAGUGCUGCACUCUGGGGUGUUUUCCUGGCUGUCUCGUCCAAUACACGUUAUCAGAUUGUAAAUGGACUGGAGCGUGUUGUUGAAGCAUCACCAUUGGCAAAGAAUGUUCCGCCUGUUGCAAUGGCUUUCACCGUUGGAGUGCGAUUUGCCAACAAUAUCUACGGUGGUAUGCAGUUUGUGGAUUGGGCUAAAUUGAGCGGUGUCCAAUGAAUAGCUUGGAUCUUAGUUUGAUGGCCAAAGCCUCAUCCAGGCCCUUUCGAGACCCAAAACAUGCUGCACUAUGAAUCUCAAAACCACGGCUGACAUUGGUUACACUGUCUCAUGCAUCAUGAGGUACAAGAGCUUAUAACCUUUAGGAGCAGAAGAAAAUUGUUCACUAAAUGUUUAUCACUAAUCUAUGAAGUAGAACUGUAGAUUCCCACCUUUGAAGAACGCCAUGAAAUAAAUUGAAGAUGUUCAAUCCUUUGUACUUUUGAAUUUCAUCAAAUAAAAAAGUGUGCGCUGUAAGCAAUUUUCUCGAAAUAUCAUCGAUUCUUCCUGGUGUGGUUACAUUCGACCUUGAUAUUGAAUUUGAGCUAUGUAGCCAAACAGCCCAUCUUUCACAUUAUAUUUGUCAUUUUACUCUUGA